AUGCAAGCCUCUCUGCACCGCAGCGAGACAGCGUCCAGCGCGAGCACGUCGUCGCGUGUGCCACGGUCAUCUAUUGCUCGGCCCAGUCCAUGCCGACGCCAGCGUGCUCUGCACGUGGUCGCUGCGCAGUCGACGCAGCCCUACUGGUAUAGUGCUAAGACAAUUGCGCCACCCAAGAGAGGCAAGCAUUUCCUUCAUCUCGAUGAUUUUACGAGAGAGGAGCUGCUUGACAUGUUGGAGAAGGCAAAGCUCUGCAAGGCGAAAUUCUAUACACGUGACGAGUCGUUCAAGCCUUUUGCUGGACAAACAAUGGCUAUGAUAUUCACUAAGCCUUCGGCACGUACGCGUGUAUCAUUUGAGACGGGCUUCUUCCGACUGGGAGGACAUGCGCUGUACUUGGACCCCAACACCAUUCAGCUUGGGAAACGCGAACCCACAAAGGACAUCGCGCGCGUGCUCAGCGGCUACAACGAUGUCAUCAUGGCCCGUCUUUUUGCCCAUUCCGAUCUGCUGGAGUUGGCACAGUACUCGUCGGUACCGGUGAUUAACGGCCUCACGGAUUACAACCACCCCUGCCAAAUUAUGGCCGACGCGCUCACACUCCUGGAGCGCAAAGGUCGCAUUGAGGGCACAAAAGUGGUUUAUGUGGGUGACGGUAACAAUAUCGUCCACUCUUGGUUGCGCCUGGCCAUGCGCCUGUCGUUCGAAUUCGUGUGCGUAUGUCCGCCGGGAUACGAACCCUGCCCAAGUACAGUGGAGGGAGCUAAGGCAGCAGGCAUCUCCAGCAUCAGCGUCACCAGCGACAUUAAUGCAGUCAAGGGUGCGGACGUCAUCUACACGGACGUGUGGGCCUCGAUGGGCCAAAAGGAGACGAUAGACACACGGAAGGUUGACUUCGCGCCAUACCAGGUGAACGAAUCGCUAAUGGCGCUGGCGGGUCGCCAGGCGCUGUUCAUGCACUGCCUGCCGGCAGAGCGCGGGCUGGAGACCACCGACGGCGUCAUGGAGUCCCCCGUGUCGGUGGUGUUUCAGGAGGCGGAGAACCGCAUGCACGCACAGAACGGCAUUCUGUUGCACUGUCUGGAGGCCACCAAGAGGAUGUGA